AAGGAAUAAUCCAUAACAACGUUGCAUAAAAAGAUGAUGUUAUUGAGAGUCAAGGUAACAUGUAGAGAAUGUCAAUUUUUUAUACAGUGAUGCAUAGCAGUUUACUACGUAAACGUCACUCAUAUCUUAUCUUGAAAAAUAUUCAGUUGGCUUUUAUUAAUGAACAAUACAAUAUUCUUAAGUACAGAAAUUUGAGGAAGUAAAAUCAUGAACUAUUUUGUGGGCGUUGAUGUAGGAACCGGAAGUGCAAGAGCUGCAUUAGUUUCUUUAAAUGGCAAAAUUAUAAAAGUUGCAGUAUGCCCUCUUGAGAUUUUUAAUCCUGUGAAAGAUUUUUAUGAACAAUCUUCUGAUAAUAUUUGGAGUGCUGUCUGUAAAGUAGUAAAGACAGUUACAGAAGGCACUUCAAUUAAUAAUAUUAAAGGUAUUGGAUUUGAUGCUACUUGUUCUUUAGUAGCCAUAGACAAAAAUGGAUUACCAGUCAGCGUUAGUCCAUCAGGAAAAGAUAAACAAAAUGUUAUACUUUGGAUGGAUCAUAGAGCUCAAAAAGAAGCAGAUUUUAUUAAUUGUCUUAGACAUGAUAUACUUUGUUACGUAGGUGGGAAAGUUUCUUUAGAAAUGCAAACUCCUAAAAUGCUUUGGCUUAAAAACAAUUUACCAUUGUCUUGGAAUCGCGCGGCAUUACUUUUUGAUCUUCCAGAUUUUCUUACUUGGAAAGCAACUGGUUCUGAAUCGAGAUCUUUGUGUUCUUUGGUUUGUAAAUGGAAUUAUUAUGCUGAACCAGGUGUAAAUGGUUGGAAGGAAGACUUUUUUAAUCAAAUUGGUUUACAAGAUCUUAAAGAAAAUAAUUGGAGUAAAUUAGGUAAUAAGGUAAAAGCACCUGGAGAACCGGUUGGUCAAGGAUUAUCUGCAAAAGCAGCAUUAGAAUUAGGACUUUUAAAGGGAACAGCAGUGGGUACUUCCCUUAUUGACGCACAUGCUGGUGGACUUGGUAUGAUAGGUUGUACAGUUCCUGGCAUAUCUAAUAAAUUAUCUAGCCGAUUGGCACUUAUAUGCGGUACAUCAACAUGUCACAUGGCUGUAAAUGAAAAUAAAAUAUUUAUUAAUGGUAUUUGGGGACCUUAUUAUAGUGCUAUGAUUCCUGGCUUAUGGCUUCACGAAGGUGGUCAAAGUGCAACUGGAAAAUUACUUGACCAUGUGAUUGAUACACAUCCUGCUACUCCUAAGAUCCUUAAAUCUUUAGAAAAUAAUAUGCACAUUCAACAAUAUUUAUCUGGAUUGUUGCAAACUAUGGCAAAUAAAAAGAAUAUAAAAAAUGUAUCCUAUUUAACAAAAUAUGUUCAUGUUUGGCCCGAUUUCCAUGGAAAUCGUUCUCCUCUUGCUGAUCCAACGCUCAAAGGAAUGGUUUCAGGUCUCUCCUUAUCAGUGGAUGAGGAAAACUUAGCAAUAUUAUAUCUAGCUACGAUACAAGCAUUGACGUAUGGUACGAAAUAUAUUUUGGAAACUUUAAUAGCUGCUGGUUAUGAAAUUGAAAGUAUAUUAAUUUGCGGUGGUCUUAGUCAAAAUCCAUUGUUUGUUCAAAUUCAAGCCGAUGUUUUGGCUUUACCUGUACUUUGCCCUAUAGAAAAGGAAUCAGUUUUGAUAGGUGCAGCUAUUCUUGGAUCAUAUGCCGCAAGGGAAUUUGUUUCUAUGAACGCUGCUAUAAAGUCAAUGGGAGGUGAAGCACAAGUUAUACAACCACAAACUGAAUGUUACGAAUAUCAUUUACGAAAAUACGAAGUUUUUAAAAGAAUGGUCCAAGAUCAGAGAGAUUAUGAUAAAUUUAUGAAUGAAGAAAUAAAUACCUGAUCUGAAUAUUAUCUAUUAAUUAGCAUUUAAUAAUGCAUAAAGUUAUUGCUAUUACAAUGAAAACAAAAAAAAAAAGAAGAUAUUUUAUAUUACCUUUAUAUGUAUUAUGUGCAAAUCUUUGUAGAUCUUUUGUACUUAUAUGUAAAAUAAAAAAAAUAUAUAUAUGUGUAUAUAUAUAUAUAUAUAUAGAAUACAA